CUCUCUGGGUGGGCGGUGCGCGAUCCCUCGCGGCCGCCGUCGGUGCGCGCGCGCGGCCGGGGCGGGCACGCGGCCGGGGGGGGGCCCAGCAUGGCGGACUACCUCAUCAGCGGCGGCACCGGAUACGUGCCCGACGACGGACUGACCGCGCAGCAGCUCUUCAGCUGCGGCGAUGGGCUCACCUACAAUGAUUUCCUCAUCCUGCCCGGGUACAUUGACUUCACGGCGGACCAGGUGGACCUCACCUCGGCGCUGACCAAGCGGAUCACGCUGAAAACGCCGCUCGUGUCGUCCCCGAUGGACACGGUGACCGAGGCCGGGAUGGCCAUCGCCAUGGCGCUCACCGGGGGAAUCGGGUUCAUCCAUCACAACUGCACCCCCGAGUUCCAGGCCAACGAGGUGCGGAAGGUGAAGAAAUACGAGCAAGGCUUCAUCACAGACCCCGUGGUGCUGAGCCCCAAUGACCGGGUGCGGGACGUGUUUGAAGCAAAGGCUCGGCACGGAUUCUGCGGGAUUCCCAUCACGGACAACGGGAAGAUGGGGGGGAAGCUGGUUGGGAUCAUCUCAUCCCGAGACAUCGAUUUCCUGAAAGAGUCAGAGCACGACUUGCCUCUGGGUGAGAUCAUGACGAAGCGAGAGGAUCUGGUGGUGGCCCCGGCUGGGGUGAUGCUGAAAGAGGCGAAUGAAAUUCUGCAGAGGAGUAAAAAAGGCAAGCUGCCAAUUGUUAAUGAAGAUGACGAGCUGGUGGCUAUCAUUGCCCGCACCGAUCUCAAGAAGAACCGGGAUUACCCCCUGGCUUCGAAGGACUCCAAGAAGCAGCUGCUCUGUGGUGCUGCUAUCGGGACACACGAAGAUGACAAGUAUCGGCUGGACCUCCUGGUGCAGGCUGGCGUGGAUGCUGUAGUGCUGGAUUCCUCUCAGGGGAACUCCAUCUUCCAGAUCAAUAUGAUAAAAUACAUUAAGGAGAAAUACCCCAACCUGCAAGUUAUUGGAGGAAAUGUUGUGACUGCUGCUCAGGCCAAGAACCUCAUCGACGCAGGGGUCGAUGCCCUGAGGGUUGGGAUGGGCAGUGGCUCCAUCUGCAUCACGCAGGAAGUGCUGGCGUGCGGCCGUCCCCAGGCCACCGCCGUCUACAAGGUGUCCGAGUACGCCCGGAGGUUUGGUGUCCCUGUGAUCGCGGAUGGUGGGAUCCAGACGGUCGGGCACAUUGCGAAGGCUCUGGCGCUUGGUGCCUCCACGGUGAUGAUGGGCUCCCUCCUGGCUGCCACCACAGAGGCCCCAGGCGAGUACUUCUUCUCAGAUGGAAUUAGGCUGAAGAAAUACCGUGGCAUGGGCUCACUAGAUGCCAUGGACAAGAACCUGGGCAGCCAGAACCGGUAUUUCAGUGAGACAGACAAAAUCAAAGUGGCCCAGGGGGUCUCCGGUGCAGUGCAGGACAAGGGCUCUAUCCACAAAUUCAUUCCAUACCUGAUUGCUGGGAUCCAGCAUUCCUGCCAGGAUAUUGGUGCCAAGAGCCUGACCCAAGUCCGAGCCAUGAUGUACUCGGGAGAGCUGAAGUUUGAGAAGAGGACGACGUCUGCACAGGUGGAAGGAGGGGUGCACGGCCUUCACUCGUACGAGAAGCGCCUGUUCUGAAGGUCCAUACCCGUCAUUGAGCCUCUCAGCCCUGACCCCCCCGAGGGAGCUGCUCCUGCUGCAGCAGCGCCAGCGCUCUGUGGGUGCCAGGAGCUCCCCAUGUCCCUUUGGCUGCUUCAUCCACCCCGGAGGGCCUGUCCCCUGCCCGGGAGCCGUGACCCCGGGCUGGGCCUGGAGCCCUGCAUGGGUUGGCCGUGUUUUACAAUAAAAGAGAAAAAGCUGUGCAGUGGGUGUCAGCCCAGA